AUGUUCUUCAAAAGAAGAACCUGGCUUUGGUUAUACAUCAAAACAAGUAUCAUCCUAGGGAGUGAGUUAAAUAGUCCAGAGCAUCACGGUAAAAAUAACUGUUAUCAGCUUAAUAGGUUUCACUGCAGCUUUGAGGAAGCAGAAAAUUACUGUCAUGCUCAGGGAGGACACCUUGCUUACACUUGGAACCACGAGAUUCAAAAUCUCAUCUGGGACUUUCUGGAAGAAGGGAAGAAGUGGUGGAUUGGGCAAAAUUUAAUGCUGCUGGGAAAAUAUCAAGGAAAAAAUCACCCAAAUGUCACGGCCCACAGGACCACAAAGCACGCCAGAUGCACUUACAUAUCCAGAAAGUCCAAUGGGGUCUCAUCAAAAGUAGACUUGUGCUCACUAAGACAUUAUUUCAUUUGCCAGGCUGCCCACACGUCCUUCAACAGGUGCAUGGGUGAACAGCUGUGGUACCAUGGACAUAAACAGUCCAAGACCCUGUGCCAUUCUAUCAGCCUCUUUCCUUCAGCUGUACCCAGAGUCACACAGCAGGGAAUGCCAGUCACGCCUGUGCCCACCAGCCAGCUUCUCCCUGCGGUGGCAGAGCCCACCAGGCCUGUACCUGCCACUCACGCGGCAAAAGCUCCGGUAGAAAUCACUUCAGGCCCCGAUGAGGACUCGAGUGGAGAUGUCUCCACCACUCAUCUACAGGCCUCAAGUCAGAGUGCAUCUGACCAGGUCAUAAAUGAGAUAGCAUGGAACUUCAGCACAGCAAUUCAUGGUUUACAAGCUCACAACAAACUACAGAAAGCUUGUGAGGUGCUGCAGAAACUGACAGCCUUUAUCCCGGGAUUUUCUCAGCCAGUUCAGGUUGAUGUUGUCGACUCCCUUAUUUACCUGAGUGAGCAAUUAAUGAAAAACACUUUUGAGAAUAACAGCAUUCUGGGAUUCAGAAUUCCUGUGACUGUCUGCCUCUUUCACUCCCUCAGCAAUGUAGCAAAAGCUGAUCAAGCAAGCAGGCCAAGCUCCAUGCAUGACAUUGCGCAGGUAGAAAAUAUUCUGAAAAUGUCCUUGCUGGCCCUUGGAGAGAUCCAGGAAACAUUUCUACAGCAGAAUCAGCAUUCUGAGUCCUCGGUGACUUUGACCUCUCCCGUUGCUUCCCUGAUUUUGAGCAGGCAAAACAUAUCAACUUUGCCUCUGAGCUCUUACACUCUCGGAUACCCAGCACCUGUGAGGUUAGGCUUCCCAUCGGCUUUGGCUUUGAGGGAACUCUUGAAUAAACACCCAGGAGUUAAUGUUCAAGUAACAGGACUGGCUUUCAAUCCCUUCAAGGAUUUUGAUGACAAGAACAUUGUUGGAAGCAUCGGAAGUGUGUUACUAAGCUCUAAUCGUAAUUUGCUCAAAGUCCGUGAUUUAAUGGAAGAUAUUGAGAUCGUUCUCUGGAGAAAUGCAAGCAUGGAAACCCAUGCCACCAGUGUCAACCUGAGCACAGACCAUUUUACUAUCACGGUGAACAUCACUUCCCUGGAGAAAUCCCUGAUCCUGUGCAUAGAGCCUGAAAGUCCCGUUUCAAUGACACUGUACCUGGGGUUCCAGUAUCAGCCCAACCACACCUCCUUCCACCUGAACAUCACCCUUCCAAAGGCUCGUGCGCAACAGAAAGAUGAGGAAUAUACAUGGGUGCUGACUCCAGAGAGUUUGCAGUAUGGGGUCGGCGUCUACCACAUAACAGCUGCGUUGAAUAGAAGCAAGGAGGGUGCUCAGCAGGCACCCACCCUGUUCUCCGUCGUAACUGCCGUCACUCAGUGCUAUUUCUGGGACAGCCACAACAGCACGUGGAGGAGCAGCGGAUGUCAGGUUGGGCCACGGAGCACAGUUUUGAGGACACAGUGUCUCUGUAACCACCUGACCUACUUUGGCAGCGACUUCUUCAUUGUGCCCCGGACAGUGAAUGUUGAGGACACGAUCAAGCUGCUCCUGCGUGUGACCAACAACCCUGUUGGGGUGUCACUGCUGGCCAGCCUUUUGGGAUUCUAUGUGCUCCUGUUCGUGUGGACUUGGAGACAGGAUCAAGCAGAUGUGCAGAAGGUGAAGGUCACUGUCCUGGCUGAUAAUGACCCCAGCUCUCAGUUUCACUAUCUUGUCCAGGUCUCCACUGGGUAUCGAAGAAGGGCCUCUACAACAGCUAAGGUGGUCAUCACCCUUUAUGGGUCGGAGGGACGGAGUGAGCCCCAUCACCUUUGUGACUCCCAGAAGGCGGUCUUUGAGCGAGGGGCACUGGAUGUCUUCCUCCUGAGCACUCCGUCCCCUCUCGGGGAGCUGCACAGCCUGCGGCUCUGGCACGACAAUUCGGGCGUUAGCCCUUCUUGGUAUGUAAACCAGGUGAUUGUCAGUGAUGUGGCCAGUAACAGGAAGUGGCAUUUCCUGUGCAAUUGCUGGCUGGCCGUGGACCUUGGAGACUGUGAGCGUGACCGGGUCUUCAUACCAGCCUCAAAGAAACAGCUCUUUGCCUUUAGACACCUGUUUUCCUCCAUGAUUGUAGAAAAGUUCACCCAGGAGUAUCUGUGGCUCUCCAUUGCAACUCGCCAUCCCUGGAACCAGUUCACAAGAGUCCAGCGGCUCACUUGCUGCAUGACCCUCCUGCUCUGUAACAUGGUCAUCAACGUGAUGUUCUGGAAGGGGAACAGCCCCGCGGCCCAGAGAGAUGAGCAAGGGGGCCCGUUUGCUGUGACCUGGUCCGAACUGCGUAUCAGCAUCCAAACUGCUGUCAUCCUUUUCCCAAUCAACCUUGUAGUUGGGCGGCUCUUCCCACUGAUUCAACCACAGGAACCUCUGCCUGUUCUUCCGCCCACCAAGGCCUCCUGCCUCUCAGAUGCUUCUUUGGAGCCCCUCUCUGUCUCAGAGGUGGCUGAGGAAUUAAAGGAAACUGUGGGAUUUUUGCUCAGGAGAAACAAACAGCUACUCUCAGAGUGUGAACAAUCUUCAUGGAGUUCUUACACUGUGAACCAGCUGGUCGCACUUUUAUCCAAGCUCAUUUAUUCUCACUUAGAGGGUCAGGGCUGUCACCAGCAGGCAGGACCCUACUGGGCAAAUGAGGUUCCUGAGAACCACCAUCAUUUCUGCUGCUACCUGCUCAGAGUCCUGCAGAGGCUGCAAUCUCACUUCAGCGUGUUGGGUCCCACCCAGGUUGACCAGCCUUGUGACUUCCCAGAUGCAGCCAGCCACCUGCAAACGCUCCAGGAACACUUAGAAACACAUACUCUUCCCACAGAGCAAGGGCCGCCCAGGGAGGCAACCAGUUUCCCCAUCCUGAGCCCAGAAGAAGGGAGGAAGUCCACCUCUAGUGGCCUCCCUAGAUGGUUGACUUACAUCUGCUGGCUCCUUCUGGGGGUCACCAGCUUGGCCGCAGCCUUUUUUACAGCACUUUAUAGCCUGCAACUGAAUAAAGAGCAAGCCACCAGCUGGGUUAUUUCAAUGAUUUUGUCAGUGCUUCAGAACAUCUUUGUCAUCCAGCCAGCCAAGGUGAUCUUCCUCUCAGUGUUCUUGUCGCUGAUUCUGAGCAGGAUGCCCUGCCUUAACAAGGAGAAGGAACAGCAGACGAAGAGGAUCUUGGCACUCUCAGCAAAAUGUUCUUCAUCGUUACCUGGCUCAAGAGACAAGAGGAACCCCAUCUAUGUAGCCCCGGCUCUGAACAGCCCAGUUAAGCGCCCGGGAAGAACCUUGAAGGACAAAGAACUCUUCAAGCUGACAGGAGAUAUCCUGGUACAAAUCCUCUUCCUUGUCCUGCUGAUGACUGCAGUCAACUCCACACAGAACGCCAGUAGAUUUUACCUCCAUCAAGCUCUCUGGAAGAGCUUUUCUCACCAUUUCUCAGAGAUCAAACUUCUGAAGCAGUUCUACCCCUGGGCCACUCACACGCUCCUUCCUAACCUGUAUGGGGGUUACAGAGGUAAGGACAGUCCUGGGCCCAGACAUGCAAAUGUAGGGAGCGAUUAGUUUUCCAAACACUUCUACCUUGACGUUAGAACACCAGCAAAAGGUCAGCUGGAUCUUUCAACAUGGCUGCACCCCAGUAGGCACCCCAAGGAUUCCACUCCCCAGAUCUCAGCUAAGCAGGUUCAGGUUUAUGUCUCUUCAGUCAAGGAUGAUCAGCCAUGGAUGCUGAUUCCAACUGCUGAGUCUCACAUGGGACUGGUAAAUAGAAAUGAGAAUUUAUCCACUUACAGCAUGAGAAGUGCUUUCUUCGCCUCCAUAAGACUGGACAUUUUAACUUCCCUUCAGACAUCAAAGAAGGAGUUUGCCUGGUCUGUCGUCUCCCAAGUCAUCUGUUAUCUCCUAGUCGGUUACUAUGGCGUCAUACAGGGCUGCCGGCUGAAACAGCAGAGAUGGAGGUUCUUCACGAGGAAGAAAAACAUUCUGGACAUGAGCAUAAUCCUUAUUACCUUUGCCAUCUUGGUGCUUGGCAUGAAGCUUAUUUCCCUACAUAAGAAAAACAUGGCACAAUACCACCAUAACCGUGACAGGUUCAUCAACUUCUACGAGGCAGUAAAAGUGAACUCAGCUGUCAUUCACCUCAUGGGCUUCCUGCUUCUGUUGACAACUGUUAGGCUGUGGAACCUGCUGCAUCAUAACCCCAGGUUGCAGGUCAUCGGUAGAACACUCAACAAAGCCUGGGAUGAGAUGGUGGGCUUCAUGCUGGUCAUCCUGAUCCUGCUGACAGGCUAUGCCAUUGCGUUUAACCUGGUGUUUGGAUGGCGCAUCUCUGAAUACCGAACAUUCUUCAGUUCAGCAGUGACUUUUGUUGGCCUCCUGAUAGGAGUCUCUCAUUACAAGGAGAUUAUCACUUUAUGCCCAGUGCUGGGCUCCUUUCUGAUCCUCACCAGCAUCAUCUUGAUGGUACUUGUGAUCAUUAACCUUUUUGUUUCUGCCAUUCUGAUGUCCUUUAGUAAAGAAAGAAUGUUUCUGAAGGUAGAAGCUGCACCGAUAGAUAUGCUGCUACAGAAACUCUCCAGUUUGUUAGGAAUCCAGUACAUGAAAACACAUGUGAGUAAACAGCAAUAGGCACUCACACUAAAAUGUUAAAAGGUGAACUAUCUUAACCCUUUUACCACCUAGCUAAUAAGUAUCUUUACACAGUGUAGCUUAGAAAAUUGGUCAGUGAGGGAUCACAGUCCCCUGCACAGUGUAGCUUAGAAAAUUGGUCAGUGGGGGAUCAAAGUCCCCUUCACUGACAGUUUUUACAAUAUGGAUGUUGGCACUGGUGGGUAAGGGUUAACGCUGCAAAAGUGACACAUUAAACUGCUUCUGCUGCCAAAGAGCGAGAAACAGAACCCUCACAAUCCAUGUUCCAGGAUGGUUGUGGGGAAUAUGAAUGAAUCAGAGGUAAACUCACAACAGCUUAUUAAAAAUGUACAAGCCUGGGACUGGAUGAUGGCAAGCACUUCCAAUACUGUACACCUUGCUCUAAUUUAAUUAGGUCCUGGACCCAAGCCAGAAGCCUCUGCAAAGGCCCAGAAGAGUAACAAGGCAAACUCACAGAUGCUAUCUAGGCUCACAUACAGAGACUACAAUGGGCCCCUUACUGCCACAGGCAUCCCCAUUCCCCAGGAAGCCCCAGGUAAGG